UAUCCAUAGCCCCCCUGUCUCUCUCUAAACCCGUUUUAUAUAGAGUUUACCUGUACUGUUAGCAGCUGUCUGCCUUAAUGACUGAGUUCACAUCAGACAUGGAGCUUGGCCUGAGCUUAGGCUUGGGCAUCACCGCCAAUAAAGACUCCCAAAACGACUCUGCCGGCGCCGACGGAGAUUACGAUGACGACGCCGAGGAUUACGAAUUCGUUUCGGCGUCGUCUGAAGAACCUCAUGGGAGCAUAGAUCAGCGCCUCGUCGCUUUCCCAUCCCCCAUUCCGCUCGACUUCCUACCUCCCGCCCCUGCCCAGUACAUGAGCGUCGGGUUUCAGGCAGCGAUGCCGGCGAUGGUGACGUCGGCGGAGGAUCCCCCGUCUCCGAACUGCGCCGCGUCGUCGUUCAGGGCGCUCGACUUCAGCAUAUUCAAGAGGAAACGGAACGGCUCCGUGCCCGAAGUGGGCGGGGGUGGAAAUCAGAGAAAUGGGCCCGACGCCGCCGUGUACGGCGGAGCGGCGGAGGCGGACAGGGUGAGUUCGAGGGCGAGCGACGAUGAAGAGAACUGCGGGAAUGCCCGGAAAAAACUCCGGCUUUCCAAAGAACAGUCCGCUUUUCUCGAAGAAAGCUUCAAAGAACACAACACUCUCAAUCCUAAGCAAAAGCAUGUGCUUGCAAAGCAGCUGAAUCUCCGGCCAAGGCAAGUCGAGGUGUGGUUUCAGAACCGGAGGGCCAGGUACAAUUUUGUGAAAUUGUGGGGUGAAUAAUAAUUAAGUCAUUUUAGCGGGGUGAAAUUGACAGAUUUGAAAAUGGCAGGACGAAGCUGAAACAGACGGAAGUGGACUGCGAAAACUGGAAGAAAUGCUUCGAGACGGUGAAAGUGGAGAACACAAAACUGCACAAAGAAGUUCAGGAACUCAGAGCUCUGAAGACGCCGAACCCCUUCCAGAUGCAAUUCCCGGCGACCACCCUGACCAUGUGCCCCUCCUGCAAAAGGGUCGCCUCCGGAUCCACCGCGCCGCCGCUCGCCGCCGGGUCUCUGCCCCGGCCCAUUGCAUCUCCGUGUCUGUCGUCUGAGCCCAGACUGUUCCCCUUCGCCGCCGCCGCCGUCGCAUAUAAUCCCGGCCACCGGUCUGCAACCUGAUGAUGUCUGAGAUGUAAGAUCCAGUGUAAACUAAACUGCUCUGCUGAUUCUGGGUUUGUUUUCAAAGAUUGAUAUCUGUGUUGGCAGGGGGCAACUUUUUAGCUCCAAACAAUAUUAUUAUUAUGAUUAUUAUUAUGAUCAGUUCAAUUUGUUUGUUUGUUUGUUUGUAAGUACUGUAAUGGGCAGCGCAUGCGUGGUAGAUAUUGGAUGGGUUUUCAAUUUGUUGAUAAUCAUUUGGUGGAACCAGGAAGUAAAGUAAACGGGGGAAUAUACCUUUGUAGCCAUUUUAAAAUGAAGCAAUGAUUUUGU